AUGCAGCCGGGGGAGAAGAGUCAAAGGGAGCCUUUGAGGGUGAGCCGCAGCUCAGAUCCUGGCGCUGUAGGAGUUACAGGGGCCCCGAAUGGCCCAGGUCUGAGGAGGGCUUCCUCUCAGGCACAGCACCCGUCUCUCAGUAAAAUGAGCCAAAACGCCAGGGAGGGCAUGGGGGUUCUGGGCCAGGGCUUGAAGCAGCUGUUCCAGCAGCGCAAACGCCUCUCCCUCUCUCGCUCCACCAUCCCCUCAUCAUCUUCCUCCUCGUCUUCCUCUGUGGUGUCAGCAGGUGGCACCCCCCCCUCUGCCCUUGAGGACUCCUUGGGGUCCAGCUGUCCUGACUCUGACCGCCUCUCUGCUCCUAUGGUUCCCCCUGCAGCUGCUCAGCGCUCAGCUGCUGCAGGCAUGAUGAGGCGUGGGACCAGCCUGCAGAGCCGGCGCAGUAAGGGCUCCGGCUCAGGGAGCGGAGACCGAGAUCCCCUCAUAAGAGGUAGCCCUCAGGCCCCGCACCGCCGCCAUACCCAUGACCCACAGCAGCACACCAGCCGCCCACGCUCCUCCUCCACCACUGACACCACCCCCAGCAGUCCCAUCCCCGGGCACACGGGCACCGACCUGGGCCUCUCAUCCGGGUACCAGUCAACAGAGGAAACAGACAGGACCCGGUGCCGCAGGGCUCCAAGGAUCUACUGCUUUAAGCAGAGCGCGAGGACUGAUGAGCGUUCACGGCUCAGCUCCACGGUGGGAAAAAUGCACUGGGAACAGUUUCUCCGUUUGACGAAUGGAAAGAUUGACCGGCUGGAGGUGAGCGGACUGGGCCAGACACCCCUGGCCGUCUCAUGCGGAGCAGACGGUUCAUUCCCCGCAGCAGAAGAUGUCACCCCAGACCCUCAGCGCACCAAGCAGGCUAUUGCCCAGCUGCAGCAGAAAAUCCUCAAGCUCACCGAGCAGAUCAAGAUCGAGCAGACGGCCAGGGACGACAACGUGGCAGAGUACCUCAAACUGGCCAACAAUGCUGACAAACAGCAGAGCACACGCAUCAAACAGGUUUUCGAGAAGAAGAACCAGAAGUCAGCACAGACCAUCCAGCAGCUGCAAAGGAAGCUGGAGCACUACCACCGGAAGCUCCGGGAAGUGGAGCACAACGGAAUCCCACGCCAGCCCAAGGAUGUGCUGCGGGACAUGCAGCAGGGCCUGAAGGACGUCGGGGCCAAAGUCACCGGCUUCAGCGAAGGCGUGGUGGACAGCGUGAAGGGGGGCCUCUCCAGCUUCUCCCAGGCCACCCACUCGGCGGCGGGGGCCGUGGUGUCCAAACCGCGGGAGAUCGCCACGCUCAUCCGCAACAAAUUCGGCAGCGCCGACAACAUCCCCUCGCUCAAAGACUCUCUGGAUGAUCCGGUGGUGGAAGAGGGCAUGACAGUGGCCGGCGCACGCUCUCUGGCCAGCACCGGCCACCACUUCCAGUCCAGUCCCAAGUUCGGCAGCGAAGACGACUGCUCCAGCGCUACGUCAGGGUCAGCGGGGGCCAACAGCACCACGGGGGCCCCGGGGGGUCCCCCGAGUUCCAAGGGCAACACCCUAGAGAGGAGCCAGAGCUCAAGUCUGGACAUGCUGCUACAGGAGGUGCAGGAGCUGAGGGAGGGCCAGGCAAGGCUAGAGGAGAGUCUGGACUCUUUGAAGAGUCACUAUCAGAGGGACUACACAGUGGUCAUGCAGGCGCUGCAGGAGGAACGCUUCAGGUGUGAACGUCUGGAGGAACAGCUGAAUGACCUGACAGAACUUCACCAGAAUGAGAUCCUCAACCUCAAACAGGAGCUUGCCAGCAUGGAGGAGAAGAUUGCCUACCAGUCCUAUGAGAGAGCAAGAGACAUCCAGGAGGCGUUGGAGGCGUGUCAGACCAGGAUCUCUAAGAUGGAGCUCCAGCAGCAGCAGCAGCAGGUGGUGCAGUUGGAGGGGCUGGAGAACGCCACGGCCCGAACACUCCUGGGAAAACUUAUCAACGUGCUGCUGGCCCUCAUGGCUGUCCUUCUGGUGUUUGUCUCCACCGUGGCCAACUGCGUGGUCCCCCUGAUGAAGACGCGCUCGCGCUCCCUGUCCACCCUCCUCUUCAUCCUCCUGCUGGCCUUUCUGUGGCGAAACUGGGACGCUCUCUCGGGGUACACACACCGCGCCCUGCAGCCUCCGGGCUGAAACGAGGGCCGGCAGCACACGUUGCUUUGGUGACGGCCAUCAGACUGUUGCUGCAGUCGUGCAGGAGGUUUAAGGAACGCCAGUGCGUUGAUAUGGCUGUGCAGCCGUGCACACUGAGCACGCUGGGACACGGCCUGGAAUCCAGAUAGGGAGGAAGAAACGGAGUAAAACUGAGAACACUCACAUUUACGAAGGAAAGGACUGUUUACAUUUUUUAAUGAUCCAAUGUCUUGUCAUCCCUCACUGGAUGCAGCAUUGUACCGUUUUUAUUUUUUUAGUUUAAUCAAUUAUAAUGUUAUUUCUAAUAAUAUUAUUUUAUUUCAAUGUUAUUUUAUUCAGUACCAUGUAGCAUUAUGCUCCUCUCACUAGACAUGAAGGGAGUUUAGUCAGGAAAUUGGGCUGGUGGGUCACCCUCAGAGGUCCAGUCUUAUUGUAGAGACACACAAAUGUGAGAAUGUGGUUGAUCGCCUUUAGGAGGAGAGAGCUCUUGCCUCUCUGUGAUUGAUAGAUUUGAACCAUGGCUGAAAACCUUCCUGGGAGUUGCUCCUUCCUUGCUGUGAUGAAUAGAACAUGUUAACUACAAACAUACUUCUAUAGCAGUUCAGAUAGUAAACCCUCCCUCUUGCUUUUGUUUAUUUCCUUUUUUGAGGUAAAAUAAGGAAAAAAAAGUUGAUAUGGGGAGAGUAUGAAUGACUUGUGAAGACUUGAAAGAGGAAAGCUUUGACCUGCUGCUUACCAUGAAAGAAUAAAACAUCUGUUUUUUGUCAAACAUCUGCCAAAUUUGAAACAUGUAUACAGUGCUGCAUAUGGUCAUUAAGUAAAUUACAUACAAACCAUUUAGCUUUUAAAAGCAAGAACUAAGUGCUGUUCUCCAAGUAAAAUCAAUUUCCCAGGAUAAUUUGCCCCCGCCCGCCAUGUAUGAUGUGCUCGGUCAGGGAAACGAGACCACUGGUGCUCAUUCAGCUCUAUCACAGCUGGAUCAGGAAUGAUGCUGCUUCAUAUCUAUAGUGCAAGUCGUCUCCACUGCCAUGCAGAUGAACACUGCCUGUCUGUGAUACUGUACUAACACUCUCCCUGCACAUUAGUUCUUGGGUUUACCCUUUCCUCUCUAUGCUCUGAAGUUGUAAACAAGUGCCAAACCGUAGUGAAACUGGGGAUCUCUGAGCAAACCAGUGUGACAGAUAGAAGUCACAGCUCAGCGGGUCUGGCUUAAUGAAUGUCUUACCGGGACGUCAAGGAUGUACCUCUUUGGGAGAUGGAACUGUUUUAAGGGAUGAAGCUAUUAAUAAUCUGAAGAUGACCUCAACUCCAGAACUUCAGCUGUGUUGUUUCUUUUCACCCAGCCUUGUUGAGGCCAGUGAGCAGGCUUGACACCCGGCUUCUUUUGUGCGUUCAUCCGGUUGUCCUCAUGUCAAGCACACUGAAGGAUGACACGUUGAACAGUCCACCCUGCGUUUCACACCGAGAGGCUGAUUUCAGAACAGAUAGCUUAAUCAUUUGAACUGUACAGCUGCACUUUAGCACAGCGCUUGAUAACAUGGAAAUAGGUCGGACUGAGGCUUAAGGAAGCUCUGAUAGAAAGAUUCGAAUGGUUCGUCACUCUCAAGGCGGGUGCCAUUAGCAGGAUAAGAAGAGUUGACUCGGCUCAGGAUCACCUUCAUCUUUGUCUUAGGAUAUUUCCAACACGAAUUUGGGGAAAAAACUUGAUUCCCUUCAGGACUACAGUGAAAUUGAGAUAGAAGUAGAUUUAUUGAUUUUUUUUCCUUUUCUUUAAAUCUUUCUCUGUUUUGUCAGGAAGGGUUAAGAAGGCAAGUGGAAAGUGAGCUGACCUUUGACCUUGCAUGUAUUUUCAGUAACACCUGUGAUGUAGGGUUGUGUGCUAAACCACUUCAGUGCCUUCUGAUGCCCUUUUCUAAUGUGGAAUAAAUAAAGUGCAUUCCCAACUAA